AUGGAACAAGACAGCAAGAAAAAGCUGGCCAGCCUCUUUGGUAUUGAAUCAGGGCAUGAGAGAGACAUAACGGCAGAUAAAAUACUGCAGUAUAUUCCUGGGAGGAAUAUCACGGACCAGGAAAACCAAAAGGAAAACUUGGACCAGCGGUUUCCCAGCCUAUUCAAGAAAGGGCGGAGGAAGACGGUUGUAAGAAACCUGGGGAAAAUUAUCUAUUACUCCAAGGUCAAGUUUAAAUUCCAGCAUUGCCAGGAGGUGAAUGACUGCUACUUGGAACUAUUCCAGUCCCACCUGUACUUUCAGUCUGUUGGCUCGAAUGGAUUGACAUAUCAGGGGCUGCUGCCGCUGAAAGAGCUGAGCGUGUGUGACACUGAAAAGGCAAAGCGCGCAGAGCUGGAGCAGCAUGCCUUCCGCAUCACAGGUGAGUGCUGCUUGGUUGGCUGUGGCACGAUGAGAGUGAAAUGUGAGCUGGCCGUGAUGUGGCCGUGCUUUGCAGGAAGCCACAGGGGAAAACGUGCUUCGGAGAUAGGGUUUGAACCCCGCAGGGUGUUAUCCCUAUUAUGACCCAUAUUUAAGAGCCCUUGUUCCCCAUAGAUCUCUGGGUCCCAGCCAGCCUUAACACCAGACCUCUCCACCUCUGGGCUCUUUCCUUGCUGUUCCGGACAUUGGUCUAGAGGGGAGGUUGGUGAGCAAAGAUGUGAAUUCGGUUCCCAAUCCUGUGUGACUAUGGAAAAGUACUCAGUCUCUCCACGACCUGGCGUGCCCAGUUUCAUCACAACACUGGAAUGAGUGUGCUCCCUCUGUCUGUGUGUUUUGC